AUUUUCAUUUUGUUUGAUUUGCUGCUAAGAUUUGCUGGAUCAUUUUAUUUUGUAAUUUCAUUCCAAUGCGUGACUUACUAAGAUCUGUUGCAUUUAAUUUCGAAAGCUAAUUAAGCGAUGGUAUAAUUAAAAAAUAAACUAUUCAAGUAUUUGUAGCUACAGUUUGCACAUGCGGUACAUACUUCGCGGGUGGUUAUAUUUUUAGUAUCGACAUAAUGAUUUCUUCAUUGUUAAUUGUGAUAUUUACAUUUACAACUAUGGGCUAUGCAGAAGAAAGGGUAAUAUAUGCUGCUGUAAUAUAUAGACAUGGUGAUAGAACUCCUGUGGAUCCCUACCCUACAGAUCCUUGGAAGAAUGAAUCUAUUUGGCCCGUAAAAUUUGGGCAGCUCACGAAUACUGGUAAAAAGCAACAUUAUGCGUUAGGAAAAUGGUUGCGAAAAAGGUAUGCGCAUUUACUGUCAGAGGACUUUGAUCCUUCUGAAAUCUAUGUUCGGUCGACUGACGUGGACCGUACCCUUAUGUCUGCUCAAGCGAAUUUAGCUGGUAUGUACCCACCAAGCAGGAAAAGCAGAUGGGAUAUGGAGUUAAACUGGCAACCGAUACCAGUACAUACGGUGCCGGAGAAAGAGGAUGAAAUCCUUGCCAUGAAGAAACCAUGUCCUGCGUAUGAUAGAGAAUUAGAUAGGCUGACCUCUUCCAAGCCAUAUAAAGACAAACUGAGCAAAUAUCAGUAUUUAAUGAACUACCUUUCAGCAUAUACUGGUAUGAAAGUGAAAGACUACUAUGAGAUUGAUGACAUUUACAGCACUUUAUAUAUUGAGUCAUUGUAUAACUUUACUUUGCCAAACUGGACUCAAUCUGUGUACCCGGAUAAAAUGCGAGAACCAGCUUGUUACAGCUUCACAACACAGACGGGGUCGCCGCUCCUAGCCCGGCUGAAAGUGGGUCCACUAAUCAAACACAUAGGGGCGCAUAUGUUGACCUCUUUGUCAAGAAAUAAUAAGGGUCAUAAAGUACUAAUAUUUAGCGGCCAUGACCUCACUGUGGGAAAUGUGCUCAACGCGUUGGACCUUUAUGAUGGGAACUGCCCCGUGUAUACCUCGACGGUACUGAUAGAAUUAGUGACCAAAAAUGGCUCGGACGAUCAUUUUGUAAGAAUCUCGUACAGAAACUCCGUCGAUAUUGUUGAGCCGAAAGUUCUUAAAAUACCAUACUGUGGAGAAUAUUGUCCUAUUGAGCGAUUCCUCAAGCUAUAUGAGAAUCUUCUUAAUGUCAACUGGGACGAAGAAUGUAGAAGCAAGUUUCCUGCAUUGCUCGCUGGUGCGUUCAUCAUCGGCCUGUGUUUGUUCGUGAUGAUAUAUAUUUCUCACAGAAUACAUUUUGCUCGAGUUUACAAUCGGUACAGAAAGAACUUGCCCUACACGGGUAUCGAGAACGCCGCGUUGACACCAAUCAAAUCAUAGAAUCCUAAUUGCUUACUUUUAGAUUUAAUUUUUAUUAUUAAUCGAGUAUUUUUAUAUUGUAUGUACCAAAAAUUGUAAUACGGUUUUUAGUGAAUUGUUUGUACGUGGUUGAUUGAUAUUAAUUUGGUUUGUAUAAUAAUGGUAUUACGAAUUUGCAUCAGAAUCAUAAAAGACGCUAUGAAGUUCUUAGGGACAUAUCACACUAGCGAGCGGACGUCUUGUAGUGUAGGUAUUGGUCCGUCUACAACGAAUUCACUGCGAAUACGGGGCGUGGUCGUUGCGUAUGCGAUACUUAUUCGCGCUGCAGCUGACGAACCACUAGUGUGAUUGAGCCCUAACUAUUCUAUUUAAGGACCUAUGCAUGCCACGUCUGUGAAACGCACUGUCCAUGGCUCUUAUCCUGCAGAGCGUCUUAUUGUCAUUUUUGUGACGACACACGCGCGUUUUAAAAACGUGAGCGGCAUAGGCCCUAUAGUAAAUAUUUGUUACAGUGCCAAUAAACUGUGACUCUUUUCAGGUUUGCUAAUCAUUUUUCUUUCAAUUCUUAUUCUUUUUUAAUUAGGGUGAGUCACACCAUUUGGCAAUUAGACAACUGAAAAUAUGUAGUUCGGUUAGCGUUGUAGUUAAAUGGUGUAACCCACCGUACCCAAGUCUUUUUUACCUUAAAUGAACUAUAAUCAAAAGAAACCAUAGGGAGACCACAUCUAGUCUUCAUAUUUUUGUAUUUUUCUUAUAAGCGUUAAGUACAUGCAAAAUCUAUUUUUAAUACCUAGAUACUUAUCAAUAUAUAAAAUCGAAUCCGUAUUCUUGUGAACAGAAUUAUUAAAUGAUUUAAGAUUAA